AUGCCUGCCAACAGUAAUAUCGUUAAAACAAUUACUAACCCUAAUCGAUUUGGUCCACAACCAGGAGGCGGCUUGAUGAAUCGGUCAGGUAUGACUGCAGUAGUAAAUCCAGCCCAACAAGCUAAUCGACCGGGACCAAUUAAUUCUGCAUAUCCUCCAACGUCGAUGCCUCAAAGAACUGCCGGAGGAAAUUCGUUAUUAUCUAGGGUCAAUGGGAGGAUUGGAUCGAAUGUACCGUCAUGGAAUUACACUCCAGGUUCUUCUUUAGCAUCUCAAACCAUUUCAGCAAGACAUCAAAAUUUUACAUCAUCAUAUCCUAACGCAAUACAUAGCGUACAUCCUCAACCGAAUGACACAUUGGAUAUGUCCGAAUUUCCUGCUUUAGGAAGUGCAAAUACAGCUUCGAAUAAUUCAUCUGCAACGGGAAUGGGUUCAAGUUAUGCAAAUACGGCGCAAACAGGAACAAAUGCUACUUCGAAUGACAACAGGUCUAUGCAUCAUCAACAACCAACGCAGGAGUUUACGAUUGAUGAUUUUCCUGCUUUACCUGGUGCAACAAGUAAUUCGGGAAAUCGUGGAAUUGUUGGUUCACAGUCUGGAUUAUCGCAACAUCAUUUGGUGAACCAUCACCAACAAAAUAGUGUGGAUGGUUUAAACAAUGGAAAUAGUAUGUCGACGGAUAGUUUAUCAUCAGGAUUCCAAGAUGGUCGGAUAAGCAAUGGCGGAAUAAGACCACCGAGUCAACCACAAGUGAAUUCCGUGUCCGAACAAGACAAAAAGAACUUCUCUACAAAAUCCGGAGGUAGUGUACAAAUAAUGCAACAAAUUCCUUCGUCGUCUUUGAUGAUGCCGUAUUCAUUAACAGGGCCUGCUAAUCAAACAACGCCAUACUCAACAACAUCAACCUUAACGGGUACGCCAUAUCCGCCAUCCAUAGGUAUAUCCAAUUUACAAUCAAAUGUAGGUGGUGCACCUUCGUUAAACCAAUCAUCGUCUUCACCGUCUGUUGCUUCCGAUGAAUUUGGUUUGCUCGGUUUAUUAAGUGUAAUAAGAAUGACCGACCCUGAUUUAAGCAUGUUAGCGUUAGGAAGUGAUCUAACAACUUUAGGAUUAAAUUUAAAUUCUCCUGAUGUACUUUACGCAAAGUUUACGUCACCUUGGUCAGAAAAUAAUCAAAUUGCCGGUUUAAUUGAGCCCGAAUAUCAUUUGCCAUCAUGUUAUAACGUUCAGCCACCACCACCAGCUCAAUCGAAAAUAGGGUCAUUUUCAGAAGAAACACUAUUUUAUAUUUUCUAUAGUAUGCCUCGAGAUAUAUUACAAGAGACCGCAGCUCAAGAAUUAUAUAAUCGUAAUUGGCGAUAUCACAAGGAGUAUCGGUUCUGGCUAACAAAAGAGUUAGGCACUGAACCAAUCGCAAAAACCCAGAAUUACGAACGUGGGAACUAUAUCUAUUUUGACCCUAAUUCAUGGGAAAAAGUCAAAAAAGAGUUUUUUCUUGAGUAUGAUAUGUUAGAAGAACGUCCCAUGAUCGUUAGUAUGAAUAGUAUGAGUGGUUCUUCAGCAACCAAUCUUUCCUCCUUAGCGCCUUCAGGUUUGCAACAACAGCAACAAGCAGUGGCACAACAAAAUCUCGCAGCAAAUUCAAUGAACAUGGCAAGUCUGAUGGGCCUCGAUAAUAUACCUUCAAGGGCUGGUGGUGCUGGUGUGAAUAGUCUAGCAGCUGGUGCUUUGGCUGGAUUGGGUGCUACUCCUGCACAAUUGCAGCAAUUACACCAUCAAUAUCCAACAGGGGCAAACGCUGGCCCACAUCAUCCAUUAGGACCAGUGUCGGGUCUUGGACAAGGCGGGCACUAUAUAUCUCAGGGUGCACUCAAAGAAUACUAA